AUCGUAGUCCCUUUAUCAGUUUCCACCGAGGAUGUGGCAGGUCUGCAGAAGUACCGCCCUCUGACAGGCAACGAGAAUGUUCCUAGGAAUGACAAGGGCCUUGAAGGUAUCUGUGAGCUCACUAAGUAAAAAAAAUUCACAAUUCCAAGGUCAAAACAAGCUUAAGGUGUUCAACAGAAAUAAUAGCCAAACAUUGCAAAAAAAAUUUGAUGCCAGGGAGAAACUUAAAACCAAAAAAGUUCUAGAUGCCCGAGACAAAAUUAUCUACAAUAAGAAAAGUGGUGUUGGGGAUGCUCGUAAUAAAAUAGUUCAGAAACAGGUUCAAAAAGGCACAUUUGAUGCUAGAUCAUUGUUACAGCGUCAGGGAAAAAAAAGAAAACUUGCUGGAAGACUAACACAACAGGUGCCACUUGCUGGAGGUGGACUGUCAAAUAUUACAAGAACUCUGUCUAAUCCUGGUGCCAAGGGGAAAUCUCAGAUACAGUUAACUAACACAGGUCUUCAAGUUACAAGACCAAUACCAAACACAGAAGUAUCUUAUACUGGAAAUUCUUUACAAGUUACUAAACGAACUAAGCCAUUUGAUAGCAGUUUAAAUUCAAUUCCCAUCAUUCAAAUACGUAAUGAUAAAUACAGACAACCAGUUGAACCUUCACUAUCAUCUUAUAACUAUGUUGCUCAACCAGCUGUUAAACCUCUGCAAUCAGAUUAUUAUCAUUCAGACUAUAAUGACUACAGUUCACCCUCCUAUCAAAGUCAUCAUUCAUACAGAGAUUAUGAUGACCCUGCACAUAAUCCUGCCUCUGUUGCUGCUGCAGACAUUCCCAAAAUACAAAUCAGCAGUGCAAGGCCAAUUAACUCAUCAGUAUUAAAGUCGGUUCCUUACGCAGGUGAUUUUACAAAAAUACAGAGGGUUCCUCCAGGCGCAGCUACUGUUUCUCAGGCAUCAAAGCAGGCACCAAUUAAAACUGUUUUACAGCCAACUAAAUUGGCACAACCUGGAAUUAAACGUAAACCAACACCCCAAGAAGGAUCAGGACGACUCACAUUAGGAAAAGGUGGUGGCCCUGGUAUUGAACUUACUCCAAAUGACACUUCUAUGAUCAAAAAAACCAAGUUGACUUCUUACAGUGAAAUUGACUUAGUUGAUGAGGAAGACAAACUGAAUGUUAUUAGUCCACUUCAAGGUUUUAGAGUCAUGGUGACUAAUUUGUUUUCUACUGUUACACAAGAUGAUAUCAUAGAACUUUUUGGAGCUGUAGGUCCUUUGAAAAAAGCUAAACUUCUCAAAGUUGGCACUGCUGAGGUGGUCUAUGUUAAUAGACAAGAUGCUGUUAGUGCAGUUGAAAAAUAUCACAGUCGAGAAUUAGAUGGUCAGCCGAUGUAUGUUAAGAUGACCACGCCUUUAGCUGCUACAGUCAAGAAAGCUGUUGGAGAUAGUGAUCCUGACAUAACAGGCGAGGCCUUGAGGCUAUACAAAAAAGGAACAGGAAUCGGAACUUUACCAGAGGCCCCCAUUGAAAUUCCUACAAUUCAUCGAGCACUUUUCAAAGCUGGUCCGCCAGGACCAAAUAAAUCUGUCAAAUUUACUGUCAAAAUUUGAUUUUAAACUAUUAUUUGCAUCCAUGUUGUUCAUAUAUUGCUAUUGUUAAAUAAAAAAAAAUCUCAGUAAAAUUCUUGUAAAUUGAUACAAUGGUGAUUGCCAUUUUUUUGUCUUAUAAAACUUUGUCAAUUUUAUUUCUAAUACCAUAUUUGAGGGGAAAAGUUUUAAAUAUGUAUUGAUAUGGAAGAGAAUUAAAUAUCAUGGUAUUUUAGGGAUUUUGUAUUUUAUUAUAGUUUUAAUUUUUGAUCUUCAUAAAUUUACACCAUAAGCUUUCAUGUUUUUCAUUCUUUUUUCAAAUUAUUCUUACACACAUUUUUAAAAUUAUAAUCCUGAUAGAAGAUGAUCAUUGCUUAUGUCUGCUACAGCAAUGUAAAUAGACAAAAAAUGAAAGCCAGAAACUGAUAAGAAAUGCUAAUUUGUCUAUUCAGCAAAGUGUCAAAACUUUCUACAAGUAGGUCCCAUUAUUGAAUUUGGUUUUCCUCAAUCACAAAUCAAGUUAUACAAUGUAAAAUAACAUUACUUUUUUCUUUAAGCAGAAUGUCAUUAUUUAUUGAUAAUUGUAAUACAAAUGUUGCUUUAAAUCUACAGUUGGAUAAGAAUUACAUUUUAGGCUCUACCUAUAAAAAGAAGUGAGGAGGUAAGGGUCCUUGAUUUCAAUCAUGAAAUGUCAACUCUGGAUAAAUAUAACUAUGUCUAUUAAACUCUUCUGGGUUUUAGGCAUUUGUUGGGGUGUUUAGAUGUUGAUCUAUUGAAUAAUGUAGCCUAAAAUAGUUGUAGUCCUCCCUACUGCCUUCUUAGACAAAGCAAUAAUAAACAUACAAUGUUUGCUUCUUUACAAGUAACACCUUGGAAGGAUGAAGCAAAAAUUCCUGGAUGAUGUUCUAAUUUUGAAAACUAAAUUUUAAUAUUCUCAAAUGCAUUCAGUGUGUAUUAGCCUAUCUUUGUGAAGUUUCUGAUAACCUCUCACUUGCAAGUUGUACUACUAAUAUGAGCAAAUACUUUCAUUUUUAAAAAAAAACGUUCUUUUUUACUAUAUUCAUGUAGGGACCAUAUAGUGUCUGUAAAAAUAAUGUUUUAUGUUCAAAUAAACAAUUCAGACUUCA